AUGGAUAACGUUUCUGUUGUAAGAAUUUUUAUUUUAUCAGGGAUAAAUGAGACAAUGAAUUACAGACUCACCAUCUUCUCACUCACUUUACUGUAUUACUGUGUUAUUUUGUUUGUCAAUAUCUCUCUCAUCAUGAUCAUUAUUUUAGAUGAAAAUCUGCAUGAGCCUAUGUACAUCUUAUUGUGCAAUUUUUGCAUCAAUGGACUUUACGGGACGACAGGUUUCUACCCAAAAUUCCUCUUAGAUCUCCUGUGGUCUUCUCAAGAAAUCUCAUACAGUGGAUGUCUUUUUCAGGCUUUUAUAGUGUACUCAUUUGCUUGCAGUGAAUUGUCCAUUCUAGCAGUUAUGGCCUACGACAGAUAUCUGGCUAUAUGUCGACCGCUGCACUACCACUCUUUGAUGACGAAGAGGAGGCUCUCUCAGCUUUCCUGUUUCUCCUGGCUUACACCUUUUUGCAUUAUUUCCACCAGUAUUCUACUAACGUCUAGAUUGAGGUUAUGUGGUUCAAACAUUCAGAAACUCUUUUGUGUGAACUGGGUAAUUGUUAAACUUGCCUGUUCUGACACUGACACUGUAUCAAACAGUGUGAUUGCAUAUGCAACAAUUUUCAUUUAUGUGUCUCAUGGGUUCUUCAUCAUUUGGACUUACAUGCACCUUAUUAAAAAAUGUGUGAGGUCCACAGAAGACAGGGCAAAGUUUAUGCAGACCUGUGUUCCCCAUUUAGUCUCUUUAAUCACAUUCCUUAUUGUAAUAAUUUUUGAUCUGAUGUAUAUGCGAUUUGGCUCCAGAGAUUUACCUCAAAGCCUCCAAAACUUCAUCGCUAUAGAAUUUCUCCUUAUUCCUCCAUUUAUGAAUCCUCUGAUAUAUGGAUUUAAACUGACCAAAAUACGAAAUAGGAUUCUGGGUUUAGUUUAUGUUAAAAGAAAAUCAUCUAUGAAGAAGUAA